AAGAUGGCUGCGCCCAUGAUUUUUUCGACCUUCCAAGUUUUUGGUCGUGUUUUCCCAUUUUUAAUGAAGUCAUUUAACUUUUGGAUUCAUUUAUGUUAAGAUUGUUUGCUCAUUUUGUUGUGUCUUUAAGAGAAUCAUGGCUGUUCUGGGAUUAGCGACAGGUGCAGGUCACUGUGCUUCGUUUGGAACCUCGGUCAGAGUCCUCUGUCAAAUGUACAGGACGGGCAACCUAACGAAAAUGUUGUCCAAUGUUUUAAUAGCAAGACGAAACCUACACAACACGCAACAGAAUCCACUGUUUGGCGAUUCGGUCAACGUGUUGGGACAGACAUACCAGACAGAUGAUUGGACAAACAUUUCUCCAAAAGUAUUGGCAAAAGUUGGACAAAACCUUCACAAUACUCCAUGCAACCCGUUAAAUCUGAUUAGAAAAAGAAUUCAGAAUUUUUUCUACAACAAUUUCAUCAAGGGAGGAAGGCCACUGUUUUCCGUGUAUGAUAAAAUUAGCCCAGUUGUGACAAAAGAACAGAAUUUUGAUAAUCUUCUUGUUCCAAAGAGCCACGUGAGUCGACUGCCUGGCGAGAGUUAUUAUCUCAACUCGACGUACAUGCUCAGAGCACACACGUCGGCCCACCAGCUCGACUUGAUACGAACCGGACUCAACAGUUUUCUCGUAAUGGGCGACGUGUACAGGCGAGAUGAGAUAGACAGAACACACUAUCCUGUGUUCCAUCAGAUUGAAGGGGUUCGGCUCUUCACUAGCUUUGAGCUGUUCCAAGAUGUGCGAGACUCAACGAACCUGUCUCUGUUUGAGGAUGGUCAGCGUUUGCCAGACAGACAGGAAUGUCACACUAUGGACGCAGUGAAACUUCUCGAACAUCAGCUGAAGACGACGCUUUACAACCUGGCUCAUAAUCUGUUUGGUGCAGAUGCUGAAAUUCGGUGGGUCGACUGUUACUUCCCAUUCACUCACCCAUCCUGGGAGAUGGAGGUGAAGUUUGACGGCCAGUGGUUAGAGGUGUUGGGUUGUGGAAUCAUGGAGCAGCAAAUACUACAUGCAGGUGGUGCUGGUGAAAAGGUGGGUUGGGCGUUUGGUCUCGGUCUGGAGCGACUGGCCAUGAAACUCUACAACAUCCCAGACAUCCGUCUGUUCUCGAGUAAAGAUUCGGGCUUCCUGUCUCAGUUCAACGUGGACAAUCCUGAUACACCAAUCACAUACAAGCCUAUAAGUCAGUACCCACAGUGCAUCAAUGACAUUUCCUUCUGGAUCCCAGAUGAUUUCUCAUCGAAUGACUUCUAUGACAUAGCGCGAAACAUUGGCGGUGACCUCAUAGAGCAGGUGACUCUGGUGGAUACGUUUUUCCACCCUAAGACACAGCGCCACAGUCAUUGCUACAGGAUCGUGUACCGCCAUCUCGAGAAGACACUGACGCAGGGCGAGGUGAACGAAAUACACAAGAAUAUCGAAGACACGGCAGCGUCUCGGCUCGGUGUCGAAAUCAGAUAAACACAGUUUUUGAGGGAUGUGUGCUUGGCUAAGGAAUGGAAACAUUAAAAAGAUACAGUUUAACAUGUG